GAGGUCUCACAGACUGGGACACAGUCAUGGAGUUAGACUCGCUGUGGCUCCUCAUGCUGAUCACUGCAGCUCCUCGCUGUUUAGCAAUUCAGCCGCUGCUCAUAUUCCUCAUCGACGGCUUUCGGUACGAUUACCUGGAUGAUUUGGACCAACUGCCUGGAUUUCAAGAGAUCGUCACCAACGGCGUGAAGACCGACUUUGUGAUUCCAGACUUCCCCAGUUUGUCAUAUCCCAAUUACUACUCAUUAAUGACAGGCCGCCACUGUGAAGUUCAUCAGAUGACGGGAAACUAUAUGUGGGAUAAAGCAUCUGGAAAGGAGUUUCGGAUUGGGACCAAUCCUGACAGCCGGUUGCCUCUUUGGUGGAAUGGCUCAGAACCACUCUGGGUCACCAUGCAGAAGUUGGGAAAAAAGGUUUUCAUGUACUACUGGCCUGGCUGUGAGGUGGAAAUUCUAGGUGUGAGGUCAACCUUCUGCGAGGAAUAUAUCGACAGCCCGUCUGAGAAAAACCUGACAGACGCCAUAGAGAAUGCUAUCAGUGCUCUGAGGUCGGGCCAAGCGGACAUGGCAGCUGUGUAUUAUGAGCAGAUCGAUGUGGAGGGACAUCGCUACGGCCCAGACUCUGGCCCCACCAGGACAGCGGUGCAGCGCCUGGACCUGGCUCUGCAGACGCUCAACAGAAAAAUCAAAGAACAGGGAUUGGAGAAGCAUCUGAAUGUUGUCUUCUUCUCAGACCACGGCAUGACAAACAUCCAGUGGGAGAACAAAGUCAUUGAGUUGGAAAAGUACAUUAACAGCUCAGAUAUGGUGAAGGUGAUGGACAAAGGACCUGUGGUCAGCGUUUGGCCCAAAGACAACAAGUACCAGGAGAUGUACGGCGCCUUGUCCCGUGUCCCUCACAUGCAUGUUUAUACCAAAGACCAGGUUCCACAACGGUUUCAUUACAGAGGAGGAAAGUUUGUGUCCCCACUGACGCUGGUCGCUGAUCCGAGCUGGUUCAUCAUCAUGAAGAGGGAAGACCUCCCGUACUGGAAGAACGACAGUGGGGAUCCAGCAGGGUGGCAGCACGGCUGGCAUGGCUAUGACAACGAGUUCAUCGACAUGAGGGCUUUUUUCUUAGCUUCUGGACCUGACUUCAAGCGGAAUGUUCGAGCAGCACCAAUUCGUACAGUGGACAUCUAUAACCUGCUGUGCCGGGUCCUGGGUGUGGAUCCUUUGCCAAAUAACGGCUCUUGGUCUCGAGUGGAGUAUCUUCUGAAUGGCGGUGGUGAAGCCAGGAACACGCCCCUCUCCACCUGCUUCAUAGGCUUUCUUGCAAUACUGCUGCCAUUGUGGGAUGACAUCAUAUAGCUCUCUGAAAAGGAGACUAUAAUCUGUAAUCUGGUAGAGACAUCUGCAGGACUAAUGCUAAUGGAAUGUUAAGAUACGUUUAAAAAUCAGUUUUUAAAAAUCCUUAUAGGAGCAAGUGUCCAUGAUGCUAGAAUCUUCUUGAAUCCUUAUUUUUAUGGAGGAACUGGAACAGAGCGCCACUGGACCACUUUAUUCUGCUACAGUGUUUAGUGUUGGGUUCGAGUUCUUGACAGUGGAUCAGUGGACAUUAGUGAUGUCUUUCUUCAUCAGGCCUCUGCUCUGAGAAAUAAACAAGUUAAAGGAAACAAGAAUAAAACUUUUCUUGGGAGUAAAAUGGAA